AUGUUGGAACACGAGAGCUCGCCCGACUCCUUUCUGCCUCUGCAUAGCAUGGAAAUCUCUCGCUUUUUGCUUGGAUUAUGCGCCUUCAUCCACUUUUACGGAUCUGUUUCAGCAGAGUCCACAUGCAAACUGAAGGCCAAGUUCAACCUGAACGGCUACAAGAAUGUAGAGAAGAAGACGGUUGUUAUUGGGGGGAUGUUUCCUGUUCACAAGCGUAUUGCUUCCAGUGAUGGCAACACUUCAAGGGUGCCUGUGUCCUCGGGGUGUGAGGGGUUUAACUUCCGUACCUUCCGCUGGACCCAGACCAUGCUGUUUGCCAUAAGCGAAAUUAACAAGAAGAACAACCUGCUGCCUGACACCGACCUGGGCUACGUCAUCUAUGACUCCUGCUUCACCAUCUCCAAGGCCGUGGAAGGCACCCUCACCUACCUGACGGGUCAAGAUGAGGCUGUACCCAACUACCGCUGCGGGACUGGGGCCCCUCUGGCUGCUCUUGUGGGUGCUGGGGGCUCCGACCUGUCCAUUGCCACGGCUAGGAUACUUGGACUUUAUCACUUCCCACAGGUCAGCUAUUGUUCCACUUGCUCUGCCCUGGAAAGUAAGUUCCAGUUCCCCACCUUCCUCAGGACCAUUCCCAAUGACAAGCACCAGUCUACAGCUAUUGCCCAGCUGGUGCUACACUUCGGCUGGACUUGGGUGGGCACCAUAGCGGCUGAUGAUGAUUACGGCAAGUAUGGCAUCAAAGCCUUUAAGGAGCAGGUGGAGGAAGCUGGUGUUUGCAUCUCCUUCUCUGAGACCCUGCCCAAGGUCAGUUCCCCAGAGGUCAUCCAACGUAUUGUUAAAACAGUAGUUGAGGCCACAGCCAAGAUCAUCGUGGUCUUCUCAUCAGACGUGGACUUCAGUCCUCUUAUCCUUGAGCUGCUCCGGCACAAUGUGACCAACCGCACCUGGAUCGCCAGCGAGGCCUGGGUCACCUCCGCUCUCAUCAACCAGCCUGGGGUGAGCUCCUUGCUGAGUGGUACCCUGGGCUUUGGGGUAAAAAGGGCUGACAUCCCGGGUCUUCAGCAACAUCUACUGGAAAUAGACCCCUAUACUGACCCGCUCACGGAGGAAUUCUGGGAGACGUUGUUUAACUGCACAUUGAACUAUGGCAAAGCAGUGAGGCAGGCCAAACAAAAGGCCAAGGAGGAUAACGGCACGCUGUCCAGGGCAGUGAAGGGGGUCCCUGAUGGGCUGUGUACAGGAAAGGAGUCUCUGGCACAGCUCAAUAACACCUACUCUGAUGUUUCCCAGUUACGAAUCACCUACAGUGUGUACAAAGCUGUGUAUGCUGUGGCCCACGCCUUGCACAACCUGGAGCACUGUGAAAAGGGACAGGGGCCAUUCAACGGGAACGACUGUGCCAACAUCACCAACUUUGAGCCAUGGCAGCUGAUGUACUACCUGAAGAACGUGCGCUUCAAAGUACCGCACACGGGUGAAGAGAUCCACUUUGAUGAGGGGGAUGUAGAAGGCGUCUAUGACAUAAUCAACUGGCAGUUCAAUAGUAACGGGGAGAUAUCCUACGUUACUGUGGGACACUACAAUGGCUCAGCAGCCCCAGUGGACAGGAUGACCAUAAAUAAUACCUCCAUUCUGUGGAACAAUGAAGUAUUGGAGCCCCCUCGGUCAGUGUGCAGUGAGAAUUGCCAGCCGGGCACCAGGAAGGGAAUCCGGCAGGGAGAGCCAGUCUGUUGCUUUGACUGUAUCCCAUGUGCUGAUGGAGAGAUCAGCAACUCAACUAAUGCUCGUGCAUGUAUCCUGUGCAGUUACCAAGACUGGUCCAAUGAUGCUCAUGAUGCCUGUGUACCAAAAAUCAUCGAGUUCCUGGCCUUUGGAGAGCCUCUGGGGAUCACUCUCAUCAUCAUCUCAGCCUUCGGAGCACUAGUGACCAUCGCUGUCGGGGUGGUGUUUGUUGCACACAUUGGCACCCCUUUGGUGAAAGCCAAUGAUCCUCUGUUGAGUUUCUCGCUGCUCUUCUCGCUGGUGGUGACCUUCCUCUGCUCCAUUGUCUUCCUCGGAGAGCCUCAGCACUGGAGCUGCAUGACCAGCCAAGUGGCCCUGGCUCUGGGCUUUGCUCUCUGCCUUUCCUCUAUAAUGGGUUGGUCCAUUGUCUUUUCUUUUUUUACUGUACUGUUGUGUGUGUAUGUUUUUGUAUGCAUGUGAGUAUAUGUACACUGCAUACUUGGUACAUGUACAGUGUGGCUCGUCAUCCUCCCUCCAUUCCCCAUCCAGAACACCUCUGCCCAGAAUAUAAAGAUCAUUCUUGAGUGUGAUCAAGGCUCUGUGGUCUUCAUCUGUUGUAUCUUCGCCUAUGAUAUCUUGCUGGCUCUGCUGGCCUUCAUCUUUGCUUUCAUAGCCCGCAAACUGGAGGACCACUUCAGUGAAGCAAAGAGUGUCACCUUCGGCAUGCUCGUCUUCUUCAUCGUGUGGAUCUCCUUUGUCCCGGCGUACCUAAGCACGCGUGGCAAGUUCAUGGUUGCUGUCCAGAUCUUUGCCAUCCUGGCUUCCAGCUUUGGCCUGCUGACCUGCAUAUUCCUGCCCAAGUGUUACGUUCUUUUGGUCAAACCUGAACGCAACACAGAGGAGAUGAUGAGGCCCCGCGCUAAACCACGUGAUGGGACCUCGACUGGGACCUCGGCUUCAUUCGCUACAGCUGCUACGAUAGCAUCCACUGCUAUUGAUGAUUAG